CAGUAAAAUCGAUGUCGUAUAAUAUCUAUUUUCACAUUGAUUAGUAGUAAUAGUCUUAUCUCCAAGGGCGAGAUAUUGAAUUAGUACAGUGUGAAUAUCUCCAGUAAACGUCUAGAAAAUGAGAGCAACGGUGUAAAACCUUCAACCCCUACACUUUAUGAUGUUGCUGAAGCUCUUCAUCCUGUAUUUCGGUUUAGUGAGAUGUUACGACGAAUUUAAUUGGAAUUUGAGCGUUUUAAACACGCCCAGCUUCGAAACUGACAACUGCCAUCACAGAACUGAAGUUUGUAGAAAGGAAAAAGACGAUUAUUGUGAUGUAGAUAUGUGUUCCGAUGGAAUGAAUUGUACCAUCAAAGUUGCAAUCAUUCUACCCAAAUCUACGAAUUACAUCGUGAAUUUGAACGAGGUUGGUAUGAGGAACGACACAUCACAGAUGGCUGUCAGCGUGCUUGAAUCAGCAGUAAAUGAUGCAAGAAAACAUAGUAUUUUGCAUGAUGGAAUUAAAAUGGAAUACAAAACUUUCGAUGACAACUGUACCCAAGAAUAUGCCACGAUCAAAGUGUUCCAAGCUACUGCAGUUUUUUGUGCGAAUGUAAUUUUUGGGCCGAUAUGCGAUUAUUGCCUUGCGAGUGUUGGAAGGGUGGCAAAAUAUAUUGGCAAUUAUGGAACGCCCGUCAUAACACCCGGAGGGUUUAGCUUUGAUUUCACGAAGAAAAAAACAACUUGCAAAGAUGAAUUCUACAUGUUGGUGAAUUCUGGUCCGGCAGAUUUUGCAUCAUUUGCAGAGUUCUUUCAUCUUAUACUGGAUAGAUACAAAUGGGGAAAAAUAGCUCUUAUGUAUGAGAAAACUGAACAGAACGAAUUAUCAGGCGACGAUGGCUGUCAACUCUUGAUGAAAUCCAUCAUCAUCGAACUCAGGGAAACUCCGCAACUGGACUUUUACGAUGGAGAUCUCGAUCUUACACAGAUGAACUAUACGGAAUUCUUCCAGAACAUCGUCGGCGUCAAAUAUGGAAUUAUUCUUAUUUGCACCAAUCAGCAGAAGGCUAGGAAGAUAAUCAUGGAAGCCUAUAAGCUGAAUAUGAUGGAAUUGGGAGAAUACAUAUUCUUCAAUUUCGAAAUGUACAACGAUGCAGAAUAUCCAAUGGAACCAUGGUUCGAAUCUAAUGAUACAGCUGAAAACAACGAAAUAGCUAGGGCUGCUUACAGAUCGAUGUUCACAUUCACUCCACUUAUGCAUACCAACUUUGAUAUGGUCAAAAACCAAUCAAACAGAGGAUCUAUCUAUAUCGACGGUUUGUACGAUGGGAUGAUGCUCUAUAGCCAAGCAUUGAACAGUUCUCUCUUGAAUAAAUACCGUUUUGGCGACAUGAGAGAAGGGGUUAAAGGAUACGAAAUUUUCGAAAACAUGAUAGGGGUUUCUUAUUCAGGAAGACAUGGAACGGAGAGAACGAAUUGUAAUGGUCAGAGGAUCAAUCAUUUCGCCUUGUUGAACGUGAACGAGACUGGCCAGUACGAGACUGUUGCAAUAUACGAUGCGUCAAAAAAAAAGAUCUCGAAUUGGAACGUGAAAUGGCCUUCGGGCGACGAAAUACCAUCAGACACUCCAAAAUGUGGAUAUGAUAAGUCACUAUGCCCGCAAGUUGAUCCUGUCAGCGUCCUGGCGUUGAGUUUGGUUUCGGUAUUGUGCCUUGGAAUUGUUCUUAUUGGAGGGAUUGCUUAUAGACAUUUCAAAUUCAAAAAAGAAAUCCAUUCUUUGGCCUGGAAAAUAAAUUACGAUGACAUUGUUGUACCAGAAAUGCCAAGAUUCAGCUUUCAGUCCGCUUUCUCAAUGAGAAAAGCAAGUUUGCUGGCUCUGGAAGGUAUAAGCAUAGCGGGGGAGCUAUACGGCAAGGAAGGUUUCGUAAUUUACAAGUCGCAAAAGGCCUACAUGAAACGGUACAAAAACAUCAAAAUGGAGUUGAAUAAAUGUCAUUUGAAGGAGCUGAAAGCCAUGCACGACUUAUCGAAUGAAAACGUAGUAAAAUUUUAUGGCGGUUGCUUCGAGGAUCCUAGACAUAAUUGUGUUUUAUACGAAUAUUGUUCGAAGGGUACCCUCUACGAUGUCAUUCAUGACGAGAAUAUCAGACUGAAUGACUUAUCUUUUCGCAUAUCACUUCUGAUGGAUAUAGUCAGAGGGAUGCUGUACCUACACUCGUCAUCCCUGAAGUCACACGGCACGUUGAGCUCAACCCAUUGUCUGGUCGACAAUAGAUUCAGCGUUAAAAUAUCUGAUUACGGGCUCAGGAGUCUGGAAAAUUAUGCUGAUGAUAACAAUUCGCAAGACGAUACCCACCAUUCAUACUGGAAAAGUCUUCUAUGGACCGCUCCUGAGUUGCUCAGGGCUCCCAGAGAAAGAGGUACUCAACAGGGGGACAUUUACUCCUUCUCCAUAAUAAUGCAUGAAAUAGUGACGGGAAAGGAGCCCUUCUACCUGGAGGAAGAUAAUAAUAUUUCUGUGAGAGAAAUCGUUGAGAAUGUACGCAAGGGUUCAAGCAGCAACAAUAAUGGAGAACUUUUAAGACCAUCUCUGGAGAGUGCCCAGUGUGACGAUGAAGUUGCACAGUUGAUGAGGAAAUGUUGGAAUGAGGACCCUGGAGAUAGACCAAACUUCACUAAUAUCAAAAAUAGACUGAAAACGAUGAACAAGGAUUGCGACGGCAAUUUUGUGAAUAACCUUCUGCAGCGCAUGGAACAAUAUGCCAAUAAUUUGGAGGUGCUCGUCGAAGAACGUACCGUAGACUAUAUGGAGGAAAAAAGACGAUGCGAGGAGGUGCUCUAUCAGUUGCUACCAAAAAGUGUAGCACAACAACUUAUUACUGGUCACGAAGUACAGGCCGAGAAUUUCGACAGUGUUACCAUCUACUUCAGCGAUAUCGUUGGCUUCACUACGUUGGCAGCUCAAAGUACCCCCUUUGAACUUGUCGAAUUCCUCAACGAUUUGUACACUUGUUUCGAUUCCAUCAUCGAGAAUUUUGACGUUUACAAGGUUGAGACAAUCGGAGAUGCUUACAUGGUGGUUUCCGGCUUGCCGGAGCGUAACGGCAACAAUCACGCCCGUGAAAUAGCCAGAAUGUCGCUCGCGAUGCUGGACGAAGUCCGCAAGUUUAAGAUAAAGCAUCGUCCGAACGAUCAGCUCAGGCUUAGAAUUGGCCUGCAUUCCGGGCCUUGUGCUGCCGGCGUGGUUGGACUCAAGAUGCCGAGAUACUGUCUCUUCGGCGACACGGUUUGCACAGCGUCCAGGAUGGAAUCGACAGGGGAACCCUCGAAAAUUCACGUCAGCCAUGUCACGAAGGCGAUUCUGGAUUAUUUCAAUACCUUCGAUCUGGUUUGCAGGGGGAAGGUUGAAAUGAAGGGUAAAGGUACAAUGGUGACCUACUGGCUAGUGGGUGAAAAAUCUAGGGAACAACAAUUUCCACUGAAGAAAUCUUCUUCUGACCCUGAUUUCUUGAAUCGACCCAACAGUAUUAAAGAUAUAAGAAACGUGGCGGACCUGGAAAUACAUGAUGAUGGACCUAGUGUUCCACUUCUAUCCAGCCACGAUGCCUCUCACGUUUGAAUAUUUAGCAAAAAACCUAUAACCACCUCAAAAUCAGAUUGAUGUAUGAUCCUGGCAAACCUGCUGUUAUGUGUUGAUAGCAUAAGAAAGCUGAUAAUUGUUACCUAAACGUCAAUGGGAACAACUGUAUCCUUAGUCAUCGAUCAUCAUACGAUUUCAAGGGAAAUUUCACCUGCAUUAUUUGUUCCAACCUAGUCUUAAUCUAGAGUCGAAACAAAUAAAAACUAUUUUCCUCGAAAUCUAAUUAGUUGAAGUGUUGUUGAAGACCCUUAAUGGACCAUUUUUAUAAAUUUUCUUCAAUUUUUCAUUCACACCAGAGAAAAUUUGGCACUCUUCGGAGCUCGGUUAGAUAACUUUCCUUUUUAUUUCAUAUGACAGGAUUUCUCGAAUCCUCAUCAUCAGAGAAAAGAUAUUCAUUAGAAUUGUAGGAAAAUUCGCCUUACCCAUAGAAACAGAUUAACCUUUCGAUUCUAUUGAUUUCUUGAACGCCAUAUUACUUGACCCAAUAUAUGCCAUAUGCUACUGUUUUGUUGAGUAUAUUCAAACUGAUAGUUGUGUAAAUGUACCAAGAUCUACAUAAAUGUUAACUUAUUUCUUGUUAUAUUAUAUUAAACAAUGAUGUCAUCAUUUGGAAAAAUACAGCGUUUUGUAUGUUCGCCCAUUCUGCUGUGAAAAUGAUGUAUCAUAAGUCAUUUUCUUCACGAGAAAAACGAACAAUAACGAAAAUUUGAAUCCUUUCGUUUAUUGAUUUUUUCAUCAUUCGAUUAUAAAUUUUAUGAUAUGUUGAUAGAUAUAAAAUAAUUUUAUUCAGAAGAAUGUAAUUUCAAAAACUAAUAAAGAUAUACGAUUCAAACUCA